AUGACAUCCACCCUUACCGGUCACAGGACGGCCACAAGACUGAAGGCUGCACAACAACUGCAACAGAUGUCAUUAAAAACUCCCACUCUUCCGGGCCAAGAACUUACUCCGGCACCAAUGUCUGCUCAGCAAUUACGGCAACCAUCACUCAAAACCGCUGCCUUUCCCGAUCAAGGGGUGAGUAUGAAAGCAGUGUCUGGACAACAAUUACAACAGGUGCCUGUUCUUCACCAGGGUAUACCUGUGGAACUAGCGGGUGAACAACAGAUGCAGCAGCUCUCACCUACUUCUCCUAAUCAGAUACCUAUAGCUGCACAGCCAGUUCAGCAGCUAUCAUUCAAAGCAGCAGCUCCUUUCAGCCAUAGAUCCCAUACAAGACCUAUGAGUGUACAGCAAGUACAACAGAUGCCGCUCAAGACCCCCACUCUUCCUGCUCAGGGAAUUCCUACGGCGGUGUUUACUGCUCAACAACCAGGACAACCAUCAUUCAAAACCGUCGGUGUUCCUUGCCAAGGACUAAGUAUAAAGCCAAUGUCCGCACAACAAUUGCAACAAGUUCCUGCCCUUUCCAAUCAGGGCAUUCCUGGAGAACUGAUGGGUGAACAGCAGGUUCAACAAUUUGUACCUCCCAGUAUUCCUGGUCAGCUACCAAUGACAGCACAGUCAAAUCAGCAAAUGUCAUUCAAGACAGUCACACCCAAUCAUACAGCGACUGCGAGAGUCAAGACUGCACAACGACAACAGCAGAUGUCAUUUAAGACUCCCACCCUUCCUGGUCAGGGAGUUCCUGCGAUACCAAUAACUGCCCAACAAUUGGGACAAGCACCAUUCAAAACCGCUGCUUUUUCUGGACAGGGAGUGAGUAUAAAACCGAUAACCGCACGGCAGUUGCAAGAGAUAUCCACAAAGCCAGCAACCAUCCCUGGUGCUCAAGGUAGUCCUACAAGGCCAAUCACCCAACCAGUUCAGAAUAUAUCAUCAAGACCUCCUCCAGCUCCUAAUCAAGAAGUCAUUACGAAGCCUGUUACUGCGCCAAAUAUACUGCAGCAGGUCCCAGGAGCAUCAUCCGUGUCUGCUCAACGAAACGCAGUUCCUCCACAAACAUUUCAGAUGCAGCAACCAUUUGCGAGUCCAACAACUCUCGGUCAAGGAGUACCGACAAAGCCAAUCAGUAUGCAACAAUUCCAACAGCAAUUCCCACUACCGCCUGGUGCUCCGCCAUCUCAGGGAUAUUCACCAUCUAAAAUGUUCUGA